UGGCGAGCAGCAACAGGGGGUUGGAUCAAACGCUGCUGCUGCUGCUGCUGCUGCCGCUGCUGCUGCAAGAAACAACAAUGCCAUCGCCAGUGUUGAUGGUGCUCCUGGAUUCGACGAGGAAGAAGAAGAGAGCGAUCAAGACGGUGGAGUGGAGGACGAUGGCGAAGGAGCCGAUGGAGGUGAGGAUGAAGAGGACGACGAUGGCGACGACGAUGAAGAUGGAGCUCCACCACCCAAGAAAGCCAAGAAAUGAAGAGCGCCACAUUUUUCUCUUCUUUGUCUUCUUUGUUUUUCGCGAACAAACACUCCUCACACACUGGUCGUUUUAAAUUUGAAAUUUCUAGCGAUGCGAAGAGCCCUAAAAAGGGAUUUGGAAGGCUCCGGGAAUGGUUUGAUCGAUCGAUCUAUCGAUUCGAUCGCGACGCUUUUGUGCUCUUGCAGAUCCAAGCCGUGUUCCUCGUGAGCCGCCAAGGGAAAGUGCGGCUCCAGAAAUGGUACACUGCUUAUCCAGGGAAAGAUCGGCCUAAAGCGAUCAGAGAAAUCACGAGCAUCAUUCUGUCCAGAGGAAGCAGGCUUUGCAAUUUCAUUGAAUGGAAGGAUUUGAAAGUCAUCUACAAGCGAUAUGCGAGCUUGUAUUUUUGUAUGUGCGUUGAUGCCGACGACAACGAGCUCGACUGCUUGGAAGUCAUACACCUCUUUGUGGAAGUUCUAGACCGCUACUUUGGCAACGUUUGCGAGCUCGACUUGGUUUUUAAUUUCCACAAGGCGUAUUAUAUCCUGGACGAGGUACUGCUGUCGGGAGAGCUACAGGAGUCGAGCAAAAAAUCCGUGGCUCGAGUCAUUUCUGCUCAGGACACCAUGGUUGAGAAAGCCAAAGAAACCGGCAUUUCCCACAUGAUGUCGUCAAGCAGCAAGUGAAAGUGGGCAUCUUAAGUGAGAGUGGUCUGAGCUUGUAAGUCUUUCGGAGUUUUUUCAUCGAGUUGGAUCUUCGUCCAGCCGGGCCCUUUCCAGUUUCCAUGAAGGUUUCCUGGAAGAUUUUAGUUUGGUGCCGCAAAGCAUUGCAGUCUUUGAUUGUGUUGGUAUUAUAGAUACGUAGUUGCAACGACAUUGUUGUUUUCAUUGGCGCUCUACACCGACGUGAACUACUUGGAGAAGCCGGGGUGGCAACACUAUCUUCCUCGCAUUUUUGCGACAAGGGCCGCUUGUGGGUGUUUCUUUUCUCUGGCCGCCUUCACUGCAAAGUUUAAGCAAACAAACAAUGCUCAUUUAAGCAAGUUUCAUCCAAACAAACAAUGCGAAUCAGAUUUU